AUGGCUCAGUCCAUCGGCUCCACGUCAAUCACCCAUCACGGCAUCGGCCACAGCCACAACACCGCUCAAAACAUCAAUCAAUCGACAAAUCAUACUAACCCGAUGCAGCAUCCUAAUUCUCUACACACCAAUCUCACCCACAAUCACAGCGCCCAUCCAAGCUCGACCAGCUACAACAAUCAUCACCGGAAAUCUAGUAACGACAAUGACGAAGAAGCCAUUGCCCGGAAGAAGAAGAAUGCCGACGCCCAAGCUGCAUUCCGGCAGCGGAGGCAGACAUACAUCAAGAGCUUAGAGGAUACGGUUACAGAACUCAAGAGUGCAGUCACUGAGAUGGAGAUAAUCGUCAAAACAACCAGCCAGGAGGUUAAGAUUCAGAAGCAACACGUCGAGCAUCUUGAAUUCAAGCUGGCUGCAUACGAUAGCGGUGAACUUAAACCUGGCGCCUUUGAAAGCAAUCAGCAUUGUCAAUGUUGCAAAUUUGCCCCUCCGGAUCUGAACUCCCGUCUACCCAGUCCAAAUAACGCCACCCAUCAUCAACCCCGCCCGAUAUCUACUCCCACCACCUCUGCCAUUACUAUCAACACAGCUGCUGCGGACUGUCCAACACCUGGGCCAUCAAUUGUAACUCCAACCAUCACUCAUGAGAAUAUGACUCGCGAUUGGCCCUCCCGGCAAGGUGUUCCCUCCAUGUUUCCUCACGAUUCCCACUCCCGCUCCACUCACCACAAUUCUGCUCAAGGCUCACCUCAUGAUGCUCCCCACCCGAGCACAUCGUUAGAUUUUCCUCGUAAUAUUCUUCAUCAUCCGCAUCAUCCCAACGCUACCAUCCCCAACUCUUCAUACCCUCGAGCUGGGUGCGAUUUAGCUCUCUUUACUUCGUUCGGUCCUUCGGAAAGCCCCCCGAUAACCAAUUUUUACUCUCAGACUGAAGCCAAUCAUGGGCCCACACAAGCGCCCAAUUCGUUAGGAACUGCCUACACACCCCUCGGCCAUCCUCAAUCUUUUGAUGCGCAUCACUCGGGAACCUUGUCUUCACCUCGCAUGUGGUCUCACAACAAUCAUACCAACCCAUCGACUUACGCCGGCGCAGAGCCUAAUUCCAAUUCUAACCUCGAUGGCUCGCCGAAACCUGGGCUAUACCCAAUUGAUGGCUCCCUUGCAGACGUCGAUUCCUCUGGAUUUCGCUUGCAUCGUGGUAUUAAUGAGCGCACGCUCAUGCGCCCAACUGAAUAUAUCCCCUCUCACGAAGUUCGGCCUAUUCCUCAGAGCUAUCCCGUGGUGUCGACUCUCACUUCUCCCAGGGCUGAUAGUCACUUUGCGGUGGCAGGCCCAAAAACUCGAUCUUCAACACAGAACAAGCGGCGAUGGAAUGAUGAAAGAUUUGGUCCAAAUCAAGAGACCCACGAUCUUGAUGACGCACCGAACCCGGGCAAGGCUGGUGUCAAGUUGAAUGGAAUUCCUGCCAAAGUCGCCCGGUGCGAACAAGUAUGCACAGAAGUUUCGAAAGUCGUUUCUCAGAUGAAAGAAGAAGCAAAAGCCGUGACCACAACGAAACCUUCGACAAACCCCUCCACUAGUCAUCAGUCGGUAUCACCGAACACCACAUCAUCUACUAGUUUUCCUAGCCCUCACCAUUCUUCACACAACAGCCUCAAGCCGCAAAGAGCGAAAUUCCAUGGUCACCCUCCCCAGCUUACAUCAUCAACCGCGACGCCAGCCGGUUCUCAAAUCCAGCCACACGAAGAACCACAACCCGAGCAAGAUGACCGCCGAUAUCAAUCCAUGAUCAGCAAUUGA